GCAUUUACAUGUCCAGUCUAGUAGCUAAUGCAUAAUGUUCAUGUUAGAGGUUAUUAUUCCUUUGCAUUAUUAAGCCUAUGCCACAGCAGAUAUUGGGCCAACUCCCUUUAUUGUCAUAUUUUAUUACAAUAUGUAAGCUGCUUUGACUCUGUCCCGAUAUAUCUUUGGUGAUGCAGGUUGACCAGUGUCUGGUUUGUUCUUAGACACUUGUAAUUAUUAGCUUCAUAUGUCUGGUCAACCAGCCACGUUAUUUGUCUUCCAUCUGGAGCGUGCCAUGCUCCUCCUCAAACAGGUCAUAAUCCUCUUAUGGACACAGUUGUUCCACUUAUACUUGCCCAGCCUGUGUCCAUGUCCUGUUUGAAAUCCAGUGUGCCGAAGCCUCUUGGGUGUGUUUUUGCCGUCCUGUCCAGAUGCUUUGGUUUUACCUCUUCCACUGUUUGCUUUAUCUUGUGUCACUGAUCCAAGCCACCAGCUGGUCCUGGCCUCGGCUGAUCUCAUUUACCCCCAGAGAGGAGCUUGUUUGUGGGCAGACAGCCCAUUAUGGAGAUGAUCCAGCGGCUCUUCAAGUUACAAAUUAGCCUUAGUUUGCCUGUUGCCGGGUCCGCCCAGUGCGUCGCAAAGACUUAAAAAGAGUCGCUGCCAUCUUUUCUUAUCUCCCAGGGGAGAAUGUUAAAAGCAUCAGAGCAACACCUGCCCACUAAUGGACUUCCUCUGUGGAGAUGGUAGCCAUGCUCCCCACUUUGUCUCCUGGGAUCAAUAUACGCAGUUAAGCUUUGCACUGUCGCUGUCUCAGUAGGUGGUGGGCACCAGCCUUGUUUCUGGCUGGGGUUUUUUACAACCCUUCAGCCCUACAUCACUAUGGUAUUGUUUGAAUUCUGGGCCAUACUGAGGUCUCAAGUAUCUACAGUAUUCCAUCUUUUCUCUGUCACUUGCGGAUUUACAGUGUUUGAGGAUAGUUGAGGGCAACUGUGCAAGAUUAGCGUCUCUCUUUGUCCAGGGUUAACAAGAUCUGUCAUGUGUUAAUCUGUCCAUCCCCACAUGGGGGUGGGGUGGGGUGGUUAUGUCUCUCCAAGUGCGACCACACCAUUAGAAUAACCUGAGUGUUUGUAUCCAUGUGCUGUCUGCAACAGAUUGUUUGAAAAGUGUGCAGUUUGAGUUUUUUAUGUGACACAUUUUGUAGAUAUAAUUAUCAUCUUUUCUAUAAUCCUGGUAGCUGCCACGCUCUGCUUCUCCACUUCUUUUUAGUUAAGGAUUCAUUGAAGGGCAUUUAACAUCUCAGAGUGAAAGUCUAAUGACUGCUCAGGAUUAGUACCAGCCUUUCUAAUCACGUUUCUGUGAUCCAGGUGUCUGUCACGCAACUCGCUGCCACCGGCGAAGUAAACAAGGGGACAGAAAAAGACUUGUUCCUUCCUAACAGCGCCUCCUUUAAGCUUGCUAACAUUGACUUAUAGAGUGUCUCAGCAGACCAUUAAGCCACUGGAAAUUGAUUGAUGCGGAUAACUGUUUACUGUGUCCAAUUGUGGAGUGACAAUCAAGGGAGGCACGUGGUGAGCUGGUGACCCCGCUGUCCGCGCCAGACGUCUCUCCUGAUCUGUGGCCAUCCACAGACUUAAGUGAACUGGACACACCACUUGUAUCGAAGGGGAGAUGAAACCAGAUGGGGUUAUCUCAGCAGCGCUGGAGCCAAUGGAAACUAUGGAAUCCAGUCCAGUGAAUGAUGCAGCACCAGAGACGGGCCAGGAGCCCAGUCAGGCAGCUAAUGCAGCGGAGGAGGAAAUGGCAAAACAGCCAGCAGGAUUGGUGCAACCUCAGCCAGACAAGGCCAAGGAAUCUCCAGCGGCCAAGACCGGCAACAAGAUCUCAGGAGACCCCAAAGCCAAAACCACGAACAAGGCCGCAGCGAAAACAAAACCCGGCGCUACCAAGACUACAACUGGCUCACGGCCCAACACAACCCAAAGCCGCCUGUCAAACGGCGUGUCUAAGCCUCAGACCAACGGUGUGACUAAGAAGACAACGCCUGCCCUGGAUAAAAAGAGCACUCCAACGUCUACAGCUCCCAAAAAAACAACAACCACCACUGGGGCCCCAGCCUCAAGGAGUACGGUUAAAGUGAUUGAGAAGAAAGCAGCGCCCCCUGCCGCUAAUGGCGCAAAGUCAGCAACGGGAACCAUAGCAACUAAGAAGGCCACAUCUUCAACGGUUAAUGGUGUCAAAACUAGCACUGCAGCUGUGGCUAAAAAGCCUCCAGCCCCCAAACCUGCUUCUGCAGCUCUCACAAAGCCCACCACUGCACCGAAGACUGAUAAGGCCCCAGUGUCCAAGACAGCAAGGCCCACAACCGCCACAACAGCAUCCCGUCCUACCACAGGCUCAACUCGACCAAUCUCUACCAGCACAACCAAGAGCUCUCCAGCUACACCUAAACCUACCACUCCCAGAGCCUCCAACGCUGCGUCCAAAUCAACCUCAUCUACUCCCUCUGCUGUCAAAACCCCAGCAUCACAAACCUCUAGAAACACAACCCCUGCAAAAAAAGACGUCAAACCUGCCACCCCAGCAGCUAAAAAGCCUGUGGAUUCUCUGCUGAGCAGACCUUCUACAAUAAAAUCUGCAAAACCAGAGUCACCGAAACCAACGGCAAAAUCUGACCUCACGGCCAAAAAGCCACCAAAAGUUGCAGACACAAAGACACCCAAAAGUUCCAAAACACAAGAGAAUAAGUCUCUGCCUUCCAAGGAUGCCUCUAAGACCCCUGCCUCCAAAACACUGGCAACCAAAAAUACUAGUGCCAAGAAGACUGUGGGCAGCAGCACCCCAACUCCCGUGAAACGUGGACCCAAACCAGAAGCAGCUGCUGAAACCGGAAAGGAAAUUGCUGCUGCAGUAGCUGCAGCUGCAGCAAUUGCUAGUGCAGCAGCUACCAUUGCUGGGUCAGACGAGCCACAACCACCUGCAGAAGCAGCCAUGGUGGCACCUCUUGAUACUGCAGAGCAACUGUCCAGUCAGACCCCAUUGAGCUUCGCCGUACAAGAAACAACUCCCGAGCCCACUUCAGGCAUACAUGAAUUAAUACAAGAAACAACAGAACCUAUGCAUGAACCUACACCAGAACUCAUGCGAGAACCAACUCCAGAGCCCAUUCGACAACCAACACUAGAAUCCAUUCAACAACCAACACCAGAACCUGUCCUAGAACCAGCACUUCAAGAACAACCAACAGAACUCACGAGGGAGCUUACACCAGAAAUUGUUAGAGAAGCAUCACCAGAACCUACACAGUAUUUAGUUCAAGAACCAACACCUGAACCUGUGCGUGAAUCAACUCCCGAACCUAGAUGGAAACCCAAUAUUGAUAGAGAACCAACACCAGAACCUGUGCUAGAAUUCACCCCAGAACCUUGUCGGGAACCAACACCGGAACCUGAACGAGAAUUCACUCCAGAACCUUGUCGGGAACCAACACCGGAACCUGUACGAGAAUUCACUCCAGAACCUUGUCGGGAACCAACACCGGAACCUGUACGAGAAUUCACUCCAGAACCUUGUCGGGAACCAACACCGGAACCUGUACGAGAAUUCACCCCAGAACCUUGUCGGGAACCAACACCGGAACCUGUACGAGAAUUCACUCCAGAACCCUAUCAGGAACCAACACACCAACAACUUCUCCGAGAGCCCACACCAGAACCUGUACGAGAUUUAAGUCCAGAGCCCCUAAGGGAAGCCACACCAGAACCCCUUCGUGAACCAACACCUGAAUCCCUACGAGAGUUCACCCCAGAACCUGUACCAGACCAAUUCCCUGAAACAGUACUAGAACCAACCCGGGAAUUGACAGAUAUGGCACUGGAUGAAGCACGUGAAAUGUCUCCAGAGGUCCAUGAUGAAGCAGCCUUUGAGGAGCCACAACUCGGAGCUGGACUAGACCAGGAAACUGGCUACAAUUUUCAGUUACCAGCACAGCACGACCUUUUCAAAUUUGAAGAGUCUGCCAGUGAAUCGGUUCCCUGCCUGGGAACUACUGUCCUGUCUCCUCCGUCCUCCCCACCAGGCGUUGUCUCUCAUGUCGAAGAGUCUCAGAAUCCCUCUGCUCUGCUGAACAUGCAUAUCCAGCCAGAUCCCUGGAACAGGAACGUUGGUGACGAUGCUCCCCAGGCACCUCACAGUAUGAUGAAUUUUGCGACAGAGCAGUAUAAUGAAGAGACUGAGACAUGGGAUACAAGGAGAGAUGAAGAAGAAGAGGAAGAAGAAGAAGAAAAAGAGAAUAUGUUUACUUCUACUGCUCCUUUCACUAUGGAAGAGCCGCAGUUGUUGGGUGCCUUACCCGUGGAGGACUUCACUUCAAGGGACAUGAUGUCACCUCAUGAUCAGGAAGUAGCAGUGGAAAAGGCUGACGAGGAAAUCAACGAAGACGAUGACGAGGAUGAAGAAGACGAGGAACAGAGGAGAUUAGGCCACCAGCUCUCCUCCAUGACGACUGACAUGAGCACCUCUCAGCCUUCUGAGGAGUUCCAAAUCCGCCCCUCCGGUUUUGGUGGAUCUUCUGCCUGGCACUGUGACGACCUGCUGUCAGGGAUGGACUCUGAGGACGUGAGCAGCUGCACCAGCAGUCGGCAGCAGGGCAUCUCCGACCUCAGCAGCACCCAGCACACUGCUUUACUAGAAGGCACCCAGAGCUCAGAUGCCCUCAUCGACUCAAGUCUCCGUGGUUCUGAAGGUGACGGUAACCUUAUGGGUUCUCCCAAUGUGGAAACGCUGGCCAAUGAGGAAGAUGAAGAUGAAGAGGACGAACGUGUGGAUGAAAUGGACUUAAGUUCAGAGAGAGCAGAGGAGCAUCAUAAGGUGUUCCAGCAACAAGAACAAGAUGAAGACGAGGAGGACGACGACGUGGACAUGCGCAGCGAAGGAGUGACAGAGAGCUGUGAGAAUGUAGAAGAUGACUUUAACGAGGACGGACAUUUGGACAACCUCAACCACGCUGACCCUCCACCAUGCGCCCCACCCACUUCUUCCUGGGGUCAGACAAACCCUUUUUGUGAUACCUGGGCUCAGCCAGCCUCACUGCUCCCUGUGUCUUCCCCCAGCCCUAUCUCAGACCAUGGUGCAGCCGAGUCUGAAACACCCACCCAGUCCCCUGCCCAGUCCGGUUUGGAUGGCAGUGCCCCUUUCGCGGCUUCUCUGUCAGGGCAGGACCCCCAGCAGCAACAGUCAUUCUAUGAGAUGAAGAGCUCCGUCCUUGAGGAUACUCAGGAUAUGCUUGCUCCUCAGUCCGGUGCGUUGAGCGGUACAGCUCCAGCCGCCCACAGCGGCAGCGAGACAAGCACACCAGAGGAACUCCGGGACUACGACAGCAGCUCAGGGGUUGAAUCUCGCUCUGACAAACAACAGACUCCAGUUCCUGCUUCGGUCCAGCCUGACAUGGAGCAGGAUCUGGGUAUUCACUUAGAGAAAGGUGAUGGAGAAGAGGAAGAGGCUGAGACGCUUCCUGCUGAUGAGGUCCCGGGAACUGGACCCCCAACUGCUCCAGCAUCUGCUCCAUCUUCUCCCACGACCUCUGUAGAUGAGGCCAGUGACACAGAGGGUGAGAUGCAGAUAAAUGACCCUGAUGCACCAGUGAUGAUGGAUGAAAGUGUCGGAUUUGAAAGCCCCACUCCGACAUGCAGCUUACCUGCUCUUGACGAAGAUGAGGAGGCAGUCGGUAUGGCAGCUGGAGAUGGCGAAGAGGAUGGAGGCGGAGCCACUCCUCAGUCAGCCAAUUCCGUGGCAUCGUACGGCUUUGACUGCACCAACUCCAACUCCAACGCCCACUCCAUGGCUGAGAGCUGCGGAAAGAGCCCGGGUAUAUUCUCCUUGGAAAAUGAGGAGCAACUCCCCGAGGAGGCCAAGGAUCCCUCCCUCAUUAAGGAGCUGACCUUGCCAUCGGCUGCUGCUGCUGCCCAGGCUGAAGAUUUGCUGGGUCCACCUGUAGACCUGAUGCCUUUGGGUUUCCAGCAAGAUAAACAGCCAAGUCUAGAUGAGCACCACUACAUGCUCGGAGGAGAUAUUACUGCGCACCACUUCGAGGAGGCCGAUCCAUUGGAGGCCAGUCACCACCUCGGGCCCCAGGAAUCAAACACAGAUGACAGCCAGCCGCUCUACUACUCUACCAUAUGUGAUAAGACUGAUUUUCUGGAAGGAGACAAGAAGAGAGAGGAAGUGGAUGACUCAUGGCUGCAAACACGCUCACUGGAAGACAACCAGAACCAGAAUCACUCCACCGCGGUUCCCAUAGCCAACGGUCACUAUCUGGCACUGGUUCCGGGCAACAGGAGGCCCAUCGAUCCAGCUGUUGCUGCACAGUUUGCCCAAAUCACUCCACCUUUCAUUGACAGCAAUGACGAUUGUGGCGCACGUGGGGAGCAAUUGCGUCGCCUGGUGCAGCACCAAGAGAAGCUUUGUGAAAUGCAGCACCGACAAGAACAGGAGCGUCAGAAGAGGCAGUGGCUGGAGGAGGAGCGUCUCCGUCUGGAGCAGCAGAAGCAGCUGGAGAAGCAGCGGAGGGAACUCCUCCAGUUGCAGCUGCAACAGCAGCAGCAGGAGCACAGACACCGCAGGCAGGUCCUGCAGUGGCAGCUGGAGCUGGAGCAGCAGUACCGCAUGCAGCAGAAACAGAUCCAACAACAGCAACAGCUGAGGAGGAGCCCAACCGGAGUCAUGCUCUCACCAUCUUCGGGCCUGUGCACUAUCUAUGAAGCCAUGGAAACCAGCGACGAGGAUGACGACGCCAGAGGAGAGCAGAACAGGAACAAGCAAGGGAGAAGGCAAGACUUCCAUAGGCAGUUGUGUCCGUUGCCUCCUCAGGAAGUUGAGUGGAACAAGAAGGUGGACAUUGUUCAACAGCUCAUUAACCAGACCCUAAUGCUGUCUGGGGAUGGAGGAUGCCCACCCCUACUUGUACUACCCGUGGGGGCGGGGGGCACCUUGAAUCGCCUAGAUAGCAGCAGGUGGCCCAACCUGCUGCAUCAGUUCAGUCCUCCUGAUGCGACAGUCACCUCUGUUAGCAGCUACUCCCCAGACAGCCAGGGGGCCUCCUCUCCUGGAGACUGGACUGUGGUGGAGGUGGAGACCCAGCACUGAGGUGCAAUACAGGCGCCCACAAUGAUAUUCUUUUGGUUAUUAUAUAAACCUAAACCAGUUCAUAUGCACAACAUAUGUCAUGCGCUGUCAGCUUGUCAUCAUCCAAUCAAAGCAUUAGCAGCAGUUUGGUUGCAAAACGGGAGAAGGGGAAUAGUAAGCUGAUUUAAUUAUUUUUGACAUUCCACAUUAACACAAUAAUUUAAGAUAAUUUUAUCUUAAAACAUAAAACAGGAAGUUAGCUUAAAAUUGAAGGUCCAUCAUCAAAUGUUGUGCUUUUCAUUGAUUCUAGGGCAGGGGUCUCAAACUCAAUUUACCUGGGGGCCACUGGAGCUAGGGUCUGGGCAAGACUGGGCCGCAUCAGGUUUUCAAAAAAAAAAAAAAAAGAAUUUAUUAAAAACAGAAAAAUAUACAAACUUUUUCAGUGAUUUGGUUCCGAUUUUCUACAAGAAAAGCUCUGAUAAAACAUUCCACUGUUCUCAAAUAUCUUAAUUUUUAUUUUUCUGCACAAAAUAAGAUGAAAAAUAAAUAAAUCAAGAAUAAAGAAAAUCAAUCAAUCAGUAAUAAAUAAAUAUAAUAAUAAAACGGCAAAUAAUAAAAACUUAAGAAACCACAUAUAGUUGGUGGGUAGACAAAUUAUUUUUUUCAGAUUAAAAUGAACAAAGCAUUAUUAGAGCCCUGUAGACAUGACAAAACACGACUAUAGUCACAUUUAUACUCUUUUUAUUUACAACAUAUUGCGCAACUGCAGGGUCUUGAGACACAUGCUAACUCGCAAACUAGAGAGCUAGCGACCUAGUUAAAGUUAUUUCCUUUAAACUUAAAUAGCCAAAAACUUACCACUUCCACACGGAUAGGGAGGAUAACUAUUAACAGUUAUUUAACCUUUAACAUGAACAUUAAUCAAAUGUAAUAAUUUUUUCUGGGUACAUGAUACCAUACAGCAUCCAUAUCAAACUUGCGCGGGCCGCACUAACAUUAAACUUUCAUAUCAAGGCGGGGGCCUCAAACUAGUGUCCUGCGGGCCACAUUUGGCCCGCGGGCCGUGUGUUUGAGACCCCUGUUUUAGGGUGUCCUCGGUUUACCACAUCCAUGUUGCGAUGGCUCCCGUGGAGAAAUACUAACAAAUACAGUGUGUGUCUCGUGCUGGGCGGAAGACAACUACCCACUACUUAACUUUUAGGAUGUUAUUAUGCCUCCAAAGCUGUAGUGUGCCAAAGAAAAGGAAAGCCAUCACCGUAAAAGUUAUUAUUAAGGAUAAAGAUUAUUCAAGGGGUCAUGGUUUCUGUCCGCUGCUACAAGAAGAUCUGUAAUUGUUAUAUUUAAUCUAUUUAUUACUGUAUUUUAUAUGUGUUUUGUGUAUAGUGUGAGUGACUUCGGAGUUCCGACUUUACUCACUUAGUCUUGGAGAGGAACUAGUUUGGACUACCUGUAGUGUAAUAUUUGAUUUUUUAUGCCGCUUAUCCUCACUAGGGUUGUGGGUAUGCUGGAGCCUAUCCCAGCUGUCUUCGGGCGAGAGGCGGGGUACACCCUGAACUGGUCACCAGCCAAUCACAGGGCACAUAUAGACAAACAGUAUUAAUUCCUGUCGAUUUACCACAGUUGUUCCAAAGUAACUAUUUAUUUUUUCAUGGUGUUUGGUGUUUACACUGUUAUAUUUGUCUAUGAGACAGUUAUAAGAAUCCCUAGGGAAAAACAUACCUUAGAUCACAAGUGUCGCAGUCAUAUGACCACAAAGACUUGACUCAAUGUAGCAUCCUAUCAUUGUGGACUCUACUGUGUCAUUGAUUGCUUGCCCCGUCACAUGCAUAUGAUGUCUUGUUAGCUUGUUUUAGAGCAUGUUCCCUUCCUGUUUUACUCUCAAAUGCACUACUUUGCUUGUGGGUACCAUGUACUGUACUCUUAAUGGAUACUUUCAUGAGGUACAUCUGCACACUACUCCAUUUUUGAUACAGUUCUUGCAGCUGUGCCUGAUGUUGUAGCCAAUGAGUUUACAAAGCUAUGACAAAAUUGCACUUGCUUUAAUUAUCAUAUGUGUGUUUACAGGUAAGUGUUGGUAUUUUUUUUUAAUAGAUGUUCAUGAUAGUGGACUUCUGAACACCCUCGCAGUGUGGAAAAAAAAAAUGAAACAGACUAUUGUGCUGCGUCAAAUAGGAUUAUUUCCAGUCUGAAAAGGCUUUGAGGGCAUUCAACGGCUUCCAGUCACUAAAUGUUGCUGUGACUUCAUCGGACAAGCAGGAUUUCAUGGAGCCAAUAGAAGCAUCAGUCAUGGAGGACCAAAAGGGGGUGUGGGAGAGAUGAAGGCCCUCCUUGUUCUGUCAUGGGAGGAGGGUGCU